AUGCUGGGUGUUAGCUUACGCACAGUUGAGAAUAGAUUUGUUGAAUACAAUAUGACGAAUGUAUAUCGUUACAGCGAUAUUGACGACGACUCCUUAGAUGUUCAUGUGCAACACAUAGUUGCACACUUUCCACGAUCAGGUAAAUACUUUAUAAUGGAGAAAAUACCCUAAUCUUCAAGCGGUUAGCUACUAAAAAUUAUACCCUUGAAAUGACAUUGUAAAUUAUUUUUAACAAAUUGUGUUAAUAUAACUUUACUUGACGUUGUUUACGAUUUUCCAACAUUUUUACUUAAAAUUCAAAUUAAAUCGUUACACCUUUUGUGAACUAUAAUACAGUACUGUAUUGUAUUAUAAUAAUACUGAAAACCACCAAGUAAUAAUUACCGACACCGCAAUUUUUCUUGCAGGCACCAAAAUUAUUAAAGGGGAGCUAAUUUCACAUGGUAUUCGAGUGCAAAGAAGAAGACUCCGAGACUCACUAAAGCGAGUUGAUCCCGUAGGAAGGAGAUUACGCGCAAUGGAUUCGUGUAUACAAAGACGUGUGUACAAUGUCCGGUCGCCUCUCGCUCUAUGGCACAUGGACGGAAAUCAUAAACUUAUAAGGUUCGAAGUUUCUAAAUUGUAUAAUAAUCACGCACUAGUAAACAAUAUUUUAUUUACUGUUGUUUUGUUGAUUUAAGGUGGCGAUUUGUCGUUCACGGUUGUAUCGAUGGUUUCAGUCGUGUGGUCGUCUAUCUAGCGUGUAACACCAACAAUACUUCAGCAGCAGUACUGGACCUUUUUAAGAAGGCCGUUGUCGUUUGGGGUUUGCCUUCCCGUGUGCGAGGUGACAUGGGUGUUGAAAACCGAGACGUUGCACGUUUCAUGCUUUCCCAUGAAAGCAGGGGUCCUGGACGAGGCAGUUAUCUAACAGGGCGGAGCGUUCAUAAUUGCCGCAUAGAACGGCUUUGGCGUGAUGUCUAUCAGAGUGUUCUGUCCGUUUUCUACGACCAUUUUAUGCAUAUGGAAUCAACAGGAAUUCUUGAUCCUGAUAAUGAAGACCAUCUGUUUUGUCUUCAUGAAUUGUACAAACCGGUUAUUAAUGAUGCGUUGCGUAGAUUCUGUGAUUCAUGGAUGAAUCAUAAAUUGCGCACAGCUGCAAACAAGACACCUCUUCAGUUGUUUAUAAUGGGAAUGCAACAAAUUGGGAGGGAGGACAGCGUCAUACCAAAUGAAUAUUUUGAAAAUCUGGGUGAG